GGUGGGAUCAUUGGGAGGUGUUUGCCCCUGAGCGGGAAGGGAUUCUCCUUGGCGGAGUGUGCCCUCACCACCUUGUUCCUGGCUGCUGCCGCUGAGAUUUCAGCGGGAUAUUCCAGCAACAUCUGACCUCUAGGAUGAACCCCGACGGCCCGAGGCGGCGAGACGAUUGAUAUACCGUGUACGGCGCGGUGCAGCGACCCAACCGAUCAUGGAUUUGUGACCUGCUGGAAAGAAGAAAGUCAUGACAGCUUUUAUCGUCAAGGGGCCAGCAGUGUGGCCCGAAAAGGGGGAUGGUUGGGAGGGCCAAGCCGAUCUUUAACCCAGAGAUGCAGAGGUGCAGAAAUAGACAGGAAUCGAAAACUGCAACCACACAGACCUCCCAAAGCUGCAUUCUCUGGGUGAUCCUUUUGCCGGACGUGGUAACCGCGCGAUACGCUGUGUCUCGUGCGUGAUGCUGCGUGUGAGGACUGAUAGUUUCUGAGAGACCCAUCCAUGAUCAAGCGGGGGCAGGGCGUUGGCUGUGGGACGUAAUGUGCCCUAUGUUUCGGGUUGGCGGUGCCGGCGUGUCUCUUGUUGAUGCUGUGCGACCCCUGAUGGCAUCUGUUUCUGAACACAGCGUUGCAACUUUUUCUUGCAGAAUCGUUGGGACCGAGCGAGGCAAUAAUAAUAAGAUUCAACAGAGAGUUGAUGAUGGGAUGGGAAGGAGGCGGGAGCAGCUGAAGCCAAGCUAGGUCCACCGGGGACCCCGUGCGGCCGAAAGGAGAGACACCGUCCCGGGCCUGCAGACUGACAGCAGGUCAGAGCUCGGAUGAACAAGACGAGACAAGACGACCCAAUUCUUGACAGGUCGUACGGGUACCAUCCAUCCAUGCUUGGUGACUUGAAGAAGGUCGCAAUAUCAGAUCCCCAUCACCCACACCGCAGCUAUCCUUCUUCCCUUCCGCUAUAAUUCGGGCAAUACGUACCAAGUAAUAUCAGUCUUCUGACCAUCUGCGGUUUGCAUAAGAACUCCACCCACCGCAGCCCCAGUCAAUCAAAUCCAACAGUGGGCUUCCCUGCUUGGCAAUCCUUUCGAAUCGGCGGCUCUCCCUUCACACAUUUUGUUGUCAACCUCGAGCUAUUAAUAAGCCAGCAAUAGGGACACGGGGUCGAUAUUUACUCAAAACCUGCUUCAAACGCCUGAAGCCCCAGAAAAGCCGUCACUAGGAAGAAACAGUGGAGAGAACCAACCCCGGGACCCAGUCUAUCAACUGCACCUCAAAGGAGAAAGUCUUGGGCUCACAGCAACACACACGCCGUCGUGCAGGUGCUUGCAUUCCUUUUUUCGGUUUUCGCGGCAACAGUGGAGCGAAACGAACGACAAGUAGAGGUUGAUAUCCUGGGCAUCAUCCCCUCAACCCCCUCAAACCCCCCCCCCUCCUCUCUUCUCCCAUUCACUUUCUCUGGGUGUUCACUUGACCACCAAUAAUCCUUCCUCCCACACAAACCCCUGACUGUUUGCCUUCUCCCGAAUUUCUCGAACACACCAACUCCCUGUUCUCUGCGUCAUUCGGGAGCUCCGACCCAAACACGCACGAAAUUUUUCAACAGCGCACCCCAGACUUUCCAGGUUGUCCAGAUUGCUCUCCAUUUUCGCGAACGAAAGACGGCACAUAUAGUAUCUCGAUUUCGCUUCAAAAGACAGCUACUUAAUACCUACCACAUACGCCACCGGUUUUACCAGAGACAUAUACAAAUAAGUAAACUCCGCGCGAUCCCGCCCUCGCGUCCCCCCUUCCUUUCCGAGACUUCGGCAGCGACAGACCGAAACCCCCCCAAAAACGAGACAUCAUGGCGGAAAAACCGUCGGUGUUGAUCAUCGGCGGUCUUGGCUACAUUGGCCGGUUCCUCGCCCAGCACAUUCACAAAAGUAAUCUCGCGUCCGACGUGCGCAUCGUCGACAAGGUGCUCCCGCAGCUCGCGUGGUUGCCUUCAGAGUUUGAGGAAGCGUGUGCCGGCGCCAAGUUUGUGCAGGCAGAUGCGAGCAGAGAGCAAUCGCUCCCUAGGAUAUUCGACCGUGCGGACGGGAAACAAUUUGACUAUGUGUUCAACUGCGGUGGAGAGACUCGCUAUUCACAGGAGGAUGAGGUGUACAAGCUGCGGUCGUUUGAUUUGUCGCUGAAUGUAGGAAGGGAAGCGGCGAAGAGAGGUGUCAAGUGCUUUGUCGAGUUGAGCACGGGGAUGGUGUACAAGCCCGAUUCGUCACCGAGUAAGGAGCAGGACAAGCUGAAGCCCUGGAGCAAGAUUGCGGUUUUCAAGCUGCAGGCUGAGGAGGAGUUGGCCAAGAUUGAGGGCUUGAACCUCGUCAUUGUGCGACUUGCCCAUGUUUACGGCCCAUAUGCGUCUCAAUGGGUCGCUACAGCUCUCUGCAUGGCCAGGGUGUACAAGGCCCUCGAGUCAGAAAUGAAGUGGCUCUGGACAAAGGACCUCCGCCAAAACACAGUGCACAUUGACGAUGUCUCGAGGGCUCUGUGGGCCAUCGCGGGCUGGUACACAGCUGGAAAGGCCAAGUGGGACGACGGCAAGAUGGGCAAGGUGCCAACUUUUAACGUGGUCGACAAGGGAGUGACAACUCAGGGAACCAUGGCUGAUAUUAUCGGGGAGGUGUUCGGCAUCAGCACGGGCUUCCAGGGAUCGUUGAUCAGCACAUUCGCCAAGCUUAACCUCGACAGUGUGGUGGACGAUGUCAACGAUGAGCUUUUGGGACCGUGGGCUGAUCUUCUUGCGGAAGCUGGGAUCUCCAGGCCGGGACCUCUGACACCUUUCAUGGAGAAGGAGCUGUUGAAAGAUACCGACUUGAGCAUGGACGGCUCGAGGUUAGAAGAGGUGGUUGGGUUCACGUAUGAGAAGCCCAAGAUUUCGAAGGAGCUGGUGGAGGAGGUGAUUGAGAGUUAUAAGAAGAUGAAGUGGUGGCCUUGAGGAGUUCUUAUAUACCCUGGUGGAUGUCCUGGAGUUGGGGGAGGGAUGGUCUAGGAUUCGUUUAAGAGAAACGGGGGAAAAUACAACCCCAGGGCUUGUUUUGGAUGGGGUUCUUGGGAAAUGUGACCUGGCCGUCACCGAGCGAGGGUUUGCGAUGUGGAGCUAAUGUAUGGGGGAGGGAGAGGCGCAUCUUGCCCCUGGGAGUUGGAAGGCUCGGGGGAGGCACGUCGAAUGUAAUACUAGGAUACACCGACUCAGAAUAAUCUUUGUUUUCUUUUUAGUUUAGCGCUGUGGUCGGUAGGGGAUCGAGAAGGGAAGGCAAGGCAAGGAACGGUUUAGGUUAAUACUGCAUGAGCUGGUGUUACAGCAUAUACUACUACUUACUACAUUGGAAUAAUACUCAUAACAUAUCAAAGAGUUCAAACAAUGGACCUGAACUUCAUCUUUGCAUUCCUGCACUGUUGUCAGCCACUGAAGGUGAAGCCAG